ACUCCCACACCGGCAUCAUGAAUCUCACGGGGUCGGGUUCGCCUCUCGCCGAGGCGGACCGUCUCCGCAGUCCCGGCCUCGCUACAGGCGACGUCGGCAUCCUACGCUCGACCAUCCUCCCCUCGUUCACACUACACACAGCCCUCGACCUCGCAGCGUUCCUGGCCUCGCGCGCGACGGACACCGCGGAGAUCAAAGACUGGAACUGGCCCGCCAGCCAGGUGAUCAACGCGUGGUGGAGCGCCGUCGGCCACCAGGUGUACUACAACAACGUGGCGCCACAGACGGCGUGGCGCGCGCUCGGCUGGACGGACAAGACCAUCCUGUCACUGGUGACCGUCUGGGGCACGCGGCUGUUCGCUCGCAUCGCGUCGCGCACCCUCCGCCGCGGCGCCGACGACCCCCGCUACGUCCAGGUCAAGAAGCAGAACCCCGUCGGCUUCUGGAAGGAGGCCCUCUGGAAGCAGUACCUGCCCGAGGCCGCCUUCCUGACCCUGAUCACUCUGCCGUUCACCCUACCCUUCCGCCUGACUUCCCCCAGCGUGUCGCUUGACUCCGACGUCCAGGCUGCGCUGCGCGCGCUGGGCGUCGGCUUGUUCAGCGCCGGCUUCGCCCUCGAGGUCCUCGCUGAUAACCAGAUGGAGGCCCACCGCGCAGAGAGACAGGAUCUAUGCCGCAGUGGCGUCUGGAGUAUUGUCCGCCAUCCUAACUACCUCGGCGACACGCUCGUGCACAUCGGCUUCGCCGUCCUCAACGCAGCCACCAACUUCACGCCGCUCGUCUUCCUCGGCCCAUUGACCAACUACGUCUUCCUCCGCUUCGUGGGCGGCGACAAGAUGACCGAGGCCAGCCAGGAGGAGCGCUACAAGACGGAAAACCUGCACAAGUACGACCAGCUCCAGGAGUUCAAGAGCAAGAAGAACAGCUUCUGGCCCGGCUUCAAGGAGAUCGUCAACCCCUGGACCUGGGCAGUUGUCGGCUGCGGUGUGGCCGGUGUGGUUGUCGAGGAGACUCUCCGCGGCUGGCUCGCCAAAUAAUUUCUUUCAUGUCUGAGACGAUACAUACAAUGUUUUGCUUGAAAUGCCGUGUAAUCUAUCUAUCUAAUUCAAUCUUACUAUCUUACUACCAC